AUAAAUUUGCAAAAAGUUGACGUGUCUCAUCUCUCGUGAGUCUUGAACACAGAAUAGCUUAAAUUGGUGUUUGUAGAAAAAAUAUUAAACUAUAAGAAUAGUAAUGGAAUGAUUAAGACGCCUUUAAAUGGCAUGCCUGAUGCAGGUGUUAUGAUGAACAACAAUUAAUGCAAAUAUUUUUUUCGUUAACGAUGACCUCACAGAUCUCAGACAACCUGUUAUCAAUCUCAGUUCCAUUGAUAGAAUAUGCAGCGACAUGUAUCACGAAGACGCCCUUCAUCUUAUUCUACCCGCCGUGAUCAACUUUUCUUCAGAUGGAGAACUUUGAAAAUCCCUGUUGCGAAUAUAAAAAGCGGUUGAUACAGCUCCGUUGGAUAUCUUCACUUACUGAGCACCAGUUGAAGAACAAUGAAGGCUUCGUCGUUGGUUUGUUUGUUGGCGUUGGUGGUGAUGGUCAGCACUACGCCGCAGGUCUCUAUACCUAUCAGCAACAACUCCAAGUCGAAAUCCAUUGAGGAGAUUAAACCCAUCGCCCCGACCGUUCCAGUCCCUGGAGUCACCCCUGCGGAAUCCAAGCCAAAGGAAUGGUUAUCGUCCACUUCAACUGUUGCCGAUAAAUCUCGUUGCCUUAAAGAUUAUCGCAAUAAAAAUUCUGAUGCCCCACCACCGAGCGCGGCAAAUAUUACCUCCCCCACCCAUCAUUACCCAUUCGUGGUGUCAAUUGUCGCCGAGUAUGAUAAGAAAUACGAAUUCAAAUGUAGUGGAUCUUUGAUUAGUCCAACUAAAAUACUGACAGUCGCCGGAUGCUUAACCAAUCCUACAUAUUUUUAUAUUUACCCCGUGGAAAACCUAAAAGUUAAGCUUGGCAAGCACUACUUGAACUGGACGACAAACGAUGCCCAGGUGACAAGGAAUGUAACAAAUAUAGAAGUCCGUGAAUUUAACUUCGAAGACGUCUUGAUUCUGACGAUGGAUUCACCUGUGGAAUAUACGGACACCAUUUCCCCAGUUUGCUUGGCACCAGAUUGCUUCGAUGAGAGCGGCCAAUCAGUAAUUGCCAUGGCAUAUCAGCACGAUCCCCAUGAACUAGAAACAAAAAAUACCGAUUUCCUGAAAUUCGUGCGCCUUUCUAUGCUUCCAAUGACAAAUUGCUACGUCAAAGAUGUGGAAUUUAUGCUUUGUGCCUAUCAAGAAUGUGGCGAUUUUUGUCCCAAACAACUGUAUUACGGCGGAGGCCCAGUGGUCAUUGAGAACAAAUCCCAAGAUGACAAGUCAUGUCGUUUUAUGCAAAUUGGUGUCUUCGGCUACCGUAGCCAAAACGACAUGGGUUCUUUUGUUCGAGUCAAAAACUAUUUGCCUUGGAUUACGGAGAAGUCGAAAUAAUGCGGACAUCCGGUUAACGAAAUCUUCCAUCACGUGGUUUCGCAUUCCUACAAGUUGUGUGCGAAGUUGUGCGAUCCGUGACUUAACCGACUGACUGAUACUCCCGUAAAAUCCCGAUUCAAUGACCAACUCAUUUUCUUAUCCCUUAGAAUGUUGCUUAGUACUUGUAGGUUAGUAAAUGGUUUUAAGUUCAAGGCGAUUACAAUUUUUAUUAGAA